AUGAAUCUCAUCUAUGCACAGGAAAGGUUUAGACCCAACUUCAUGUGUAAUGCUCAGAGCAAUCUGAUAGCAGUCAUUGGGGGACUGGACUCUCAAACUUCCAUAAACUUGGCAGUCCUGUUAAGCAUCUACAAAAUCCCACAGCUCAUCUAUGGCUGUGCCCCAACAAUGAAUGAUGAAAGUGAAGCAUUUCCCUUUUAUAAAAUGGUCCCAAAUGAAUCUCAUCAGUACAUGGGGAUUCUCAAGUUGCUGCUGCAUUUCAACUGGACAUGGAUUGGGGUCCUUGUUUUAGAUGAUGAAAAUGGAGAACGAAUUGUUCAGGCUGUGCUUCCAAUGUUUUCCCAGAAUGGCAUUUGUUUUGCUUUUGUAGAAAAGCAAAUGAAAAUAUCUUUCAUUGAUAGUAUGCUGGACAUGUUGAAGCAGGGGUUGAAAAUAUAUCAAAUGAUUAUGGAAAGCAAGGCUAAUGCAUUUGUUUUCUUUGGAGAAACGCAGUCCACAACAGCAAUAAGAUGGUGGCUGUCUUUACCAAAAUUCAAUUACACGGAAAAUAUAUCAAAAGGUAUUGUCUGGAUUAUGACAGCCCAAAUGGACUUGGGAUCAUUUUCAUAUCAAAGGAACUGGGAUGUUCAAGCCAUCCAUGGUUCACUGUCCUUCACUAUUCACUCCAGUGAAGUGUCAGGAUUCUCCAAAUUUCUUCAGAGCGUAAACCCUACAAAGAUAAAAGGUGAUGGCUUUAUAAGAGAAUUCUGGAAGCAAUCUUUCAACUGUGCAUGGUCAAUUUUGGUCGCAGACAAAGAGGAUGAGAAUAUUUGUACCGGGGAAGAGAAGCUAGAGAGCCUUCCAGGGGCUUUUUUUGAAAGAAGCAUGACUGGCCACAGCUAUAGCAUUUACAAUGGAGUUUAUGCUUCAGCUCAUGCCUUGCACACUCUGCAAUCAUCCACAUCCAAAUUUAAAGCAAUGGUGCAUGGAAAUUAUGUUAAUCUUCAGAAUAAGCAGUCAUGGCAGAUUCAUCAUCUUCUGAGACGUAUUUCAUUUAACAACAGCUCUGGGGACAAAGUUUCCUUUGACCAUAAUGGGGAACAAAUAGCUGGAUUCGAUAUUAUAAACUGGGUCACUUUCCCAAACCAAUCCUUCAUUCGACUGAAAGUUGGAAAAAUGGAUCCUUUGGCUCCUGAACACCAAGUAUUUACCAUUAAUGAUGAUGCUAUCAUGUGGCACAGCAAAUUUAAUCAGGCACUGCCCUUUUCUCUGUGUAAUGAAAAUUGCCACCCCGGUUACAAUAAGAGGGGAAAGGAAGGGGAGCCCUUUUGUUGUUAUGAUUGCAUCCCAUGUCCAAAAGGAAAAGUUUCAAACCAAACAGAUAUGGAUCAUUGUUUUACAUGCCCAGAAGUUUAUUAUCCAAAUAAGGACCAGGAGUUUUGCAUUCCUAAAGUCAUAACAUUCUUAUCUUAUGAAGAACCUUUGGGGCUAAGUUUAUCCAUUUGUACUCUUUCCUUUUUUAUCAUCACAGGUUUGGUGCUAGGAACAUUUGUGAAAUACCAACACACUCCUAUAGUCAAAGCAAAUAACCAAAAUCUCACAUACACUCAGCUUGUCUCCCUCUUGCUCUGUUUUCUUUGUGCUUUGCUAUUCAUUGGCCGACCUGAGAAAGUGAAAUGUCUCUUGCAACAAACUGCUUUUGGCAUAAUCUUCUCCGUGGCAGUUUCUAGCAUGUUGGCAAAAACCACUACAGUGAUUCUUGCUUUCAUGGCCACAAAGCCAGGAAGCAGGAUGAGGGUAUGGAUGGGAAAGAAAUUCACCAACUCCAUUCUUCUGUUUUGCUCCCUUAUUCAAAUAGGCAUUUGUACUCUUUGGCUAGCAGUAUCUCCUCCAUUCCCAGAUACUGACAUGGAUUCAAUGACUGAUGAAAUUAUAUUGGAAUGCAAUGAGGGGUCAGCUGCCAUGUUUUACUGUGUCCUGGGGUACAUUGGUUUCCUGGCCAUUCUUAGCUUCACUGUGGCUUUCAAAGCCAGGAAAUUGCCAGACAGUUUCAAUGAAGCCAAAUUCAUCACUUUCAGCAUGUUGGUCUUUUGCUGUAUUUGGUUAUCUUUUAUUCCAGCCUAUCUGAGUACUAAGGGAAAAUACAUGGUAGCAGUGGAAACCUUUUCUAUCAUAGCCUCCAGUGCUGGGUUACUGGUCUGCAUAUUUUCCCCUAAAUGUUACAUUAUUCUUUUGAGGCCUGAACUGAACAUUAAGGAGCACUUGAUGAGCAGAGGGAAAAUGUGA